GCAUUGCAAAAGGUUUUGCCAAUAUAAAUUAGCUUCUUUCUUUGGUUCAAUUCAUCUAAAUAUUUUCUUCUGCUUAAAUUCAAAGUUUUCAGAACGUAGCUUUACAAUAUACAAGGAAUUUCUACAUAUUUGUCGCAUCUGUUGUCGCCUCGCAGGAGUAUUCAUUCCCUCUCAAGUCACACGUGAUGGAAGCAUUUGUGGGAAUUCUCGUAGAUACUUUGAAUUCCAUGAUCAAGAAGGAGCUUGGAUUGCUUUGUGGCGUUCGAACCGACAUGCAAAAGCUUUCACGCUUGCUCUCCACCACCAAGGCAGUGCUUGAAGAUGCAGAGCAGAAGCAAUUCACAGAAAAGGCGAUACAACUCUGGUUUAAGGAGCUCAAUGUUGUUGCAUGUGAAAUCGAUGACAUAUUGGAUGAUUACGCAGCUGAAGCCUCAAGAGUCAAGUACAAAAAUUCUGGUUGUUUUAGUUUGAUGUGUUACCCUGUAGCAGGAAACUUAGUGUUUCGUCACAGGAUUGGGACAAGGAUGAAGGAGAUCCUUGAAAAAUUUAAUGCAAUAGCUGAUGAGCGAAUAAAGCUUGGUUUGAGUGAUCAGAAGCGUGGGAGCAACCACUUUCAGGUUGAUUCCACUGCAACACGUGAGACUGGUUCCUUGCUAAAGGAACCUGAUCUAGUCCUUGGAAGGGACGAGGAGAAAGACAAGAUUGUGAAAAUAUUGGUGAAUCAAGUCAGAGAUAAUCAAAAUGUAUCAGUGCUCCCUAUAGUGGGUGUUGGAGGCCUUGGAAAGACAACACUUGCCCAAUUGGUGUUUAAUGAUGAGAACAUAGCCAAGCCUUUUGAGCCAAAACUAUGGGCUUGGGUUUCAGAGAAAUUUGAUGUGAAGAGCAUUAUAAAAGCCUUAAUUGAGUCUGUAGAAAAGACUUCUAUUGGAGACUUACACUUGGAUGCUCUCCAAAGAAAGCUUCAAGAGUUGUUGAGAGGGAAAAGAUACUUGAUUGUACUGGAUGAUGUCUGGAAUGAGAAUCCACAGGAAUGGGAGGAUUUGAAAUCUGUUCUGCAAUGCGGAUCAAAAGGUAGUUCAAUUGUCACGACAACUCGCAUGGAGAAGGUAGCUGAAAUAAUGGGCACAUUAGAGACACAUCGUCUAUCGAGUUUGUCAGAUGAUCAGUGUUGGUCACUGUUCAGGCAACGGGCAUUUGAUUGUCAGCAGAAGCAAGACAGACUUGAAGCUGUUGGAAAAGAGAUUGUAAAAAAGUGUGGUGGUGUUCCACUAGCUGCAAAGGCUCUUGGAGGCUUUCUACGAUUUAAGUCGGAAGCGGAAUGGAACUCUGUGAAAUGCAGUGAGCUUUGGAACUUACCUGAAGAUGAAACACGUAUCUUGCCCGCAUUGAGAUUGAGCUACCUUAAUCUUCCGGUAGAGUUGAGAGGUUGCUUUGCAUAUUGUGCUGUAUUUCCCAAGGGCUCUGAAAUUAAAAAAGAAGAGGUAAUACAUUUGUGGAUGGCAAAUGGAUUGAUUACUUCUAAUGGAACGAUGGAAGUGGAAGAUGUUGGUGAUGCUGUGCUGACUGAACUACAUUAUAGAUCAUUGUUCCAAGCUGUGAGGAAAGAUGUGUUUAGCUAUGGCAGUGUCCCUGCUUUUAAGAUGCAUGACCUUGUCCAUGAUCUGGCUCGAUCCGUAAUGGAGGCUAAACACGGUGGAACAGAGUCAAACAGAACCAUGAUGUUGGAUAUGCCGAAUGAUCGGCUAACAGUGGCUUUUCCUAUUACAAUCACAGGCACUGACCGGUUCUCUUCUUUCUUGUCAAAAUGUGGUUCCCUGAGGGCUCUCAUUAGAAGGUCAGCGUAUUGGAGAGAGAAGUUUGCAGAGCUGCCACCUGCUAAUUUGCAAAUUUUAAACCUAAAUGACUGUCACAAACUUCGGUGUCUGCCCAAAGGCAUGAGAUUCCUUAGAAAUCUUCGACAUCUUUGUCUACAUGGGUGUGCGAGUUUGACUCACAUGCCAAGUGGAAUUGGGAAGCUGACUUGCCUGCGGACAUUGAGUAUGGUCGUCUUGGGUGACAAAAAAGGCCUCCGACUAAGUGAGUUGCGAGACUUAAAUAUGCUUAGAGGAGAACUAACAAUUGAGCACCUUGAUAGGAUUGAAGACAAAAAGGAUGCAGAAGCAGCUUGCUUAAUUAAAAAACAGAGUCUCCGCGAGUUGAAUUUGCAUUGGGAUUCCGAAAGAAUGUUUCAACAGUACAAUGAUGAGGAAGUGCUCGAAGCCCUCAAACCCAGCCCCAACCUUCAACGGCUGCAUAUAAAAGGCUUCAAAGGUUCAUCAUUUCCAUCUUGGAUUUCAUUGAAACAACUGGAGUUAGAGAACUGCCCGAACCUAAAAGGAAUGUUAGGAAGAGAAGUCCAAGGUACUCCAGGGGUGUUCUCUCAACUUCAAUCCUUGUCCUUUAGGGAUUGCCCAACGUUGACAUUGCCAUUGCCACGUAUGCCGUCCCUAAAGAGGUUACACAUCCUGGACUGCCCGAACUUGGCAUGGGCUUCAAUCUCCAAUCUCACUAGUCUUAAUUCCCUUGAAAUUGUGGGCAUUAAAGGAUUGAGUUGUUUUCCAGAAGAGAUGCUACAAAAUCUUAGUCUUCUUGAAUCCCUGGAAAUUAGUUAUACAACGGAUCUGCGAGCCUUACCCAGAAGCUUGGCUAGCCUCACGGCUUUGAAGGAAUUGACCAUCAAGCACUCUCCCGAGCUGGAGUCACUGCCAGAAGAAGGAUUGCGAGGCCUUGCUUCUUUGCAGGAACUAUAUUUGGUCGAGUGCUAUAACUUGGUGAGCCUCUCAAUGGGGACUAAAGCCCUCAAUUCCUUGACUCAUCUAAGCAUCCAAGGGUCUUACGCGACAGCUCUGCCAGAGGAAGUCAAAUAUUUCCCCGCACUACAAAAACUGGAGCUGGAUGAUUUUCCCAAUCUAAUUUCAUUGCCAGACUGGUUUGGAGACCACCUCACUUCUCUUCAACACCUGGAACUAGUCAAAUGUCCGAAGCUUGAAACACUUCCAUCCAGCAUUCAAAUGAUGAUGACACUCCAAAGUUUGAAAAUAACUUGGUGCAAUGUACUGGGACCACGGUGUGAAAGGGGAGGAGAGGAAUGGCACAAAAUUAAGCACAUCCCGGACCUGACGAUUCUGUAAUACAAUUAAUAUAUUCAUGUAUUAUGUAAUAAAGGAUUUGUGCACUGUCCUGUAAGUGUGGGAAAGACCAACACUAGUACCUAUUUUAUACCAUACCCAGUUGAUAUGAAUUUAGUCAU